AAAAAAGAUGUGAGAGAGAAAAGAAACAAGAGGGAAGAAAGGAGGAGAAGGGGAGAGAUGUUAACCCAUAUUUAUUUAUUUUAUCAAUAAUUAUCACUAAUUGUAUUAAAAAUAACUAUAAAAGGUGUAAUAAUUAAAAAUUUCAAAUAAUUGAUGAGCAUGUCAUUAGUUAAACUGAAAGACCAAUGUAGAGCCGUGCUCCCUGAACCUUGUAAGCGACGUCGUUCCCUCAUGGCUGAAACUAAUUAGAUGCUAACCGUUACUCAAUCCUCAGCACAACAAAUCGAAAUUUCACGCUGUUUAUUGGAAGUAAAAAUCCAAAAAUCCGAUAUUCUACAUAUGCCUUGGAACUUACAACUGAAAAUCUCAAAUUUAUUGCCAAAAUGCACAUUCCAACAUCUGAAACAAAUCCAUGCCCUCAUCAUCGCAGCUUCUCUCUAUCAGAACACCCAAUUCUUCUCCAGAUUUCUUCGUCGAAGCACCGAAUUUGGCUCCAUGGAUUAUUCAAAUCUCAUCUUCUCCCAAAUGGAUCAUGAUUUUAACACAGAAACCUUGCUCUGGAACGCCAUGAUUAGAGGAUACGCAUUCAACGGUCCUUUUGAGAAAUGUAUAUCGAUGUUCGAUGAAAUGCCUCUGAAAGACCUAAAACCGGAUAACUAUACGUACCCAUAUGUGUUAAACUCCUGUUGCGAACUGGGGCAUUGCAGAAAAGGAAAGAGAGUGCAUUGUCAGAUUAUAAAGUCUGGAUUUGAGUCCAGCUUCGCUGUCGCCUACUCCCUUUUUAACAUGUAUACAAAAAUGCCUGCUUCUCUUGACAUGGGAUUGCCCGAUAAUUACAAGUUAAGUGAUGUCCGCAAGAGUUUCGAUGAUAUGUUUAUGAGGCCGGUAGAAGUAUGGAACAAAAUGAUAUCUGAGUAUGUAAGCUUUGGUGAUGUCAGGUCCGCGAGACAGUUGUUCGAAGCUAUGCCAGAAAGGGAUGUUGUUUCUUGGAAUUCUAUGAUUUCAGGUUAUGUCAAAAUGGGAGAAGUAGAAAAUGCAAGAGAAUUGUUUGGGUGGAUGCCAGAGAAGAACGUUAUUUCUUGGACGUUGAUGAUAGGAGCGUAUGCUGAUACAGGUGACCUUAAAGCAGCAAGGAGGUUUUUUGAGAAAAUGCCGCAUAGGAAUGUGGUUUCUUGGAAUUCAAUGAUUUCUAGUUAUACCAAACAGGGGAAAUUUGUGGAAGCAUCGAAUCUUUUUGUUCAAAUGCACUCAGAAGAUGUGAUUCCAGAUGGAUAUACCUUUGUUUCUGUUUUGUCAGCAUGUUCAAACUUAGGAGAUCUGGAGUAUGGGAAAUAUAUACACUACUUAAUUGGAGAUCUCUCUCAAUGGGAAGUCAUGGUAGGGACUGCCCUUAUAGAAAUGUAUGCUAGCUGUGCAGAUGUUAAUAGAAGUUUUGCAGUGUUUUUAAAGAUAACAAAUAAGGAUGUUUUUUGCUGGAAUGUUAUGAUCAAAUCUUUAGCUAUCAAUGGAAGAACUGAAGAUGCUGUGAAGAUUUUCUAUUUGAUGCAGAAGUCACGAUUGAAGCCAAACGAUUUCACAUUUACUAGUGCUUUAUUUGCUUGUAGCCAUGGAGGCAUGGUGGAACAAGGUCGCAGAAUCUUCAAUAGCAUGGAGAAAGAUUAUAAGAUUAGUCCGAAGAUUGAACAUUUCGGUUGUUUUAUCGACUUGCUUAGCCGGAAUGGUCAGCUUGAAGAAGCAAUGCUUCUAGUGAAUAAUAUGCCCUUUGAACCUGACAUUGCCAUAUGGGGAGCUUUGCUUGGGGGUUGCAGCACAAGAAAUGAUUUGAAAUUAGCAGAAGAGGUGGCAGAGAGAGCUACCGACUUGGAAGCAGAAGAAUCAGGUGUGUAUGUGCUCUUGUCAAAUAUUUAUGCCUCAGUGGGUCAGUGGCCAGAAGCUCUAGACGCGAGAGGGAGGAUGGAACAGAAGAAGAUAAGGAAGGACGCAGGAAGUAGUCUCGUUUUCUAAAUUCUAGGAUGUUUAUGCUCGUGGAAAUUCAGAACAGAAUACACAGGGAAAUAAAGAUGGUAAGGCAUCCUCCUACCUGAGUUAUAGCAUUCUUAGGGGAUGAUUGUCUGAAAUUGUUCAAUUUUUUAAAGAAAUAAGAGUUGAAAAAAAAAAUUGCUAUUUCCCCAAAUAAUUUUUUUCCCGCCCAAGACCGUAAAAUAAUUGAGCUGAGUCAACCAUUAGCCAACUCAGACGGCGUUUGUUUCUCCGAUAACAAAGGAAGCAAAGAUAUAACAGCAUCCAUCAGGGAUUCUUAACGAAAUCAUGUGUUCUUUAUACUGUUCAAUCUCAUAUCUUCACUCAGUUGCAAGUGAAACACAGUUCAACCAUCUUA